AUGGGACGGGACGAGCGCGACGUGUUCAGGACCCCGUCCAGAAAUUCCGUCAGGGUGCCUAGCCGCGAGGCGGCGUUCAGCCUGGCGGUGCAGGCGGCCGCCAUCUCCUGGGCGUCCGCGACCGCGUGCUCGCGCGGGGAGCUGUCGGGCUGCAGCUGCGCCAAGAAGCCCCCCGGCCACCACCGGGACCCCCAGCCGCCGCAGCAGCAGGACGGCGUCGCCUCGGCCUUCCGCUGGGGGGGCUGCUCGUCGGACGUGGAGUUCGGCGCCAAGCUGUCGAGGACCUUCACGGACGCCGCCCACCCCGCCUCGCUGCUGGACAACGGCCACUCGGCGUCGCGCCGGCUCAUGGACAGCCACAACAGCAAGGCUGGCCGGAAGGCCGUGAAGCUGACGCUGCAGACGGACUGCAAGUGCCACGGCGUGUCGGGCAGCUGCAGCGUGCGCACCUGCUGGACGAGCCUGGCGCCGUUCCGGCUCGUCGGCGACCACCUGAUGGCGCGGUACCGCGCGGCCUGGCCCGCCGUGGCGCUGCCCGUGGCCGUGCAGGCCGUGCCGGCCGGGGCGCGCGCGCGCCGCCACCCCGUGGGGCUGCGCCUGGCCCUGCGCGCCGCCAGGAACUCGCGCGCCCCGCCGCACCCCGCGCGCCUGCCCCGACGCACCGACCUGGUCUUCCUCAGCGUCUCCCCCAACUAUUGCGACCCGGACCUCGCCCUGGGCUCGCUGGGCACGGCGGGCCGCACUUGCAACAGGACCUCCCGCGGCGCGGACGACUGCGGCGUCAUGUGCUGCGGGCGCGGCUACAACACGCGGCAGGUGACGCGGAGCCAGCAGUGCCGCUGCAAGUUCCACUGGUGCUGCUACGUGCACUGCGAGGUGUGCACGGACCGCCACGAGGAGUACACGUGCAAGUGAGCGUGCGUGCGCCCAGCGUCGGUCAUGUACAUAAGUGUAUGUAUAAAAUGAAAAUUGAAAAUAAAAAUAAACCGAUACUAAAAACUC